CCCCUCCUCCUUCUCCUCUCCGGAGCAAGUGGCUUUCUAAUUCCUUCCAUUAAUACAAGCAGUGGAAACCUGACAAACCUGGAUCUACAGUAUUUGGAACAUACAGAUAAAGAAAUAGACAAGAGCAAGGAAAUGGGUGAUUGAUGCAAUGAUUUGGGCUUAAAGCAGGUGCAUUUCUGCAGGGAAAAAGGAUAUCAUAAGCAUCAGGAUGCAUUCAUAUGGGAUUCUGAAUCCUGCAAGUUGCACGGGAUAUCGGCACUCUUAGCUGAACAGAUUGGCUGCAAAAGAGAGACUGGAAUUUGAGAAAUUUUUGAUUACCUGACAGAAUAGAAAUGGCUUUAGAGACCAACACUCAUCGAAGUUAUUCAAUUAUACCAUGCUUCAUUUUUGUGGAGCUUGUUAUCAUGGCCGGGACUGUUCUGCUUUCAUACUAUUUCGAGUGCACGGAUACUUUUCAAGUUCACAUACAAGGAUUUUUCUGCCAAGAUGGGAAUCUUAUGAAACCAUACCCAGGAACUGAGGAUGAAAGUUUUAUUUCCCCGCUGGUAUUGUACUGUGUGCUGGCAGCAACGCCAACAGCAAUUAUUUUUAUUGGUGAGGUGACUACAUACUUCAUCAAAUCAACUAGAGAAAAUCUGAUCGUUCAAGAAAAAAUGAUUUUGACAGGGGAGUGCUGUUACCUGAAUCCCCUUUUUAGGAGGAUUAUACGUUUUAUAGGUGUUUUUGCAUUUGGACUUUUUGCAACUGACAUUUUCGUUAAUGCAGGUCAGGUAGUCACAGGAAACUUGACUCCUUAUUUUUUGACCGUGUGCAAACCAAACUACACUGCAUCAGACUGUCUCAUUUACCAUCAGUUUAUCAACAGUGCAAACAUCUGCACUGGGGACCCUGAAGUCAUAGAGAAAGCAAGAAGGUCUUUUCCAUCCAAACAUGCUGCUCUAAGUAUUUACUCUGCAUUGUAUGCAACGAUGUACAUCACAAGCACAAUAAAAACAAAGAGCAGCAGGUUAGCGAAGCCUGUACUAUGUCUUGGCACUCUUUGCUGUGCAUUCCUUACUGGACUUAACCGUGUUUCAGAGUAUAGGAACCACUGUGUGGAUGUCAUAGGUGGUUUUAUUCUAGGAACAGCUAUAGCUUUAUUUUUGGGGCUAUGUGUUGUACACAACUUCAAAGGACUGUAUGGAGCUCAGUGUAAACCUAAGCCUGAAGAUCCAAGAGGGGUGCCCCUUAUGGCUUUUCCAAGAGUUGAAAGUCCUCUAGAGACUUUAAGUGCACAGAAUCACUCAUCAUCUAUGACAGAAGUUACCUGAAGUUACUAAUAAAAGGAACUGUUUUUAUAUUUCAUUUAAGUGCAAGUUUUGGGGGAAAAAACACAGUUAAAUAAUCUUAAACUGUGAAUACCAGUAUUAUGUUAUAGCUAGUUAUAGAAGCUGAUGUUUUGUACAUUUUUGUUUACGGAAGUGAUGUAGCUUGCCCUGAAUAUUUUUUUCAUUGUCAACUUCAACAUCAUGUGUUUAUACCAUUAUCCGACUCCCUCUUCUAUUGUGUAUGGUGCACUAAAAAAAGAAAAAAAAAGGAAAAGAAAAAUGCCUCUUUUGGAUUGUUAAUGUUAUGUGAUGUUUGUAUACAAUUUUUGUAUUAUUUUAUAUGCAUUAUUAAGCUGCAAUGUAAAUUAAAUGCAAUCAUAUACUUUUGACCUUUAAUACAUAAAUGAACAGGAGAAUUUUAUACUUGACGUGUACAGGAGUGAAUAAAAAAAAGUUUUCCGUUGUACAACUUGAUACUAAAGAAAGUUGUGAAUGCUUGUUCUGUAGGCUUGAAAACAUUUAAAUAAAACAGUGAUUGGUAGCAGCAAAUUUAAAAAAAAACCUGUAAACUUUCUGUAUUGCUGAAUGAGAUAUGCUGUCUUCGGUGUUAAUUUAAAUAAAUAUUGUGCAGUUCAAUGCUUCAGUACCCACUGAUGAAUCUGAAGAUUUUCUUGGCACUUUCCAAAAGCACUGAUUGAAAUACUCAAAGCUGCAUUUAGCCAUCUCUCCUGUUACCAUUUAAUUUAAUAAAGUCUGUUGUUUGUAAA